AUGCUGUUACUGUUUUCCCUCUACUUCAAUCUGCUGCUCAGCUACGCCGCCGGUCUGGUGCCGUUCCGUUACAACUUUCGCAAAAGACGCUUCGACACUUGCAAACCGUUCGUGCCGGUUGCAACCGUACUGCUGCUGCUGUUCGCCGCGGUACAGUACAGGCUCGGCCGGUUGCCGGAACGCAUGAAGAUUCCCAAGGUGGGCAUGCAGGACAUCCUACACGCGGUGGAAAACUUGGUCCUCAACGGGAACUGUGUGCUGAUCGCGGUGCAGCAAUUGCUCUUUCUCGAAACCUACCGGCAGCUUCUUACCGACCUGCUGGCGGGUGUGCGUGCCCUGGCGCGCCGCACCACGGUCGCACUGGGCGAGCAGGUGCAGCUGCUCGCCCAGCUCGUGCUGCUGCCGUGCGCCACCUACACGCUCCACGUGUCCGUCUACCUAACGCUGAUUGAAUGGGCGGAAAUCAGCCUCGUCCAGGCGGUGCUGUUCAUGGUCAGCCUCAUACCGAACAUAGCACACGUGAACAACUUUUACGCCCUGCUGUUUGUGCAGCGAUUGACGCUCGGGGAAAUCAACGACACGCUCGCCGACCUGUGGACCAUCUGCAUACGGCCCGGUGCGAACGAAUUGCUUCCGCCGUCCCGCCGGCUGCAACUGCACCUGCAGCAGUACCAGCAGUAUGCCGGCAGUGUGCAGAAGAUACUGCCCUACUACUCCCUGUCGAUGGCGCUGUACUUGUUAAUUUUGUUCCAAGAGCUCAUGUCGAAGUUCUUCUAUCAAUUUACCCACUUUUACACCCUCUCGCUGGGGAAUCCAAGCCCGCACAUACUCGAAGCAAUGGGUACGAUGAUGAUUCUAGUGUACGGCAUGUAUACGGCACAGCUGAUUGCCGUGUGUUAUGCAAUUUCGGAAAAGAGUCAAAAGAUCAAAUCGACCGUUCAUCGCCUAUCGUUGAUUCCCGGGCAGGAUAGAUACUUCCACGCGACUCUCAACACUUUCCUGCUGUCGCUUAACCACUCGAUGCUGAAAAUAAACAUUGCCGGCAUGUUUACGAUGGACUUUGAGCUGCUCACGGGGAUGUUGGCAGCCAUCUCUAACUUUGUGGUACUGCUGAUGCAGUUUCACAUCGACUACAGCAAGAGCAAGAUAUCAUAUUGGCAUGGGAGUAACUCAUCGAAACCGUUCGCUGCUAGGAGUUGA